ACCCCCCGAUGGCGACGCCGGCCGGAUGCCUCUCUCGCUGGCACGUGACGACUCGGAGCCACUUCUCAGAAGCUCCGCGGAGGGAGGCGGGGCUAAGAGGCCUGUGACGUCAGAACACUUUGGCCUCUACCAACCCGGCAGGGGAGUCCGAGCUAGCGUGCACUUCUCGUUUAGGUGAUUUUACAAAGAAAUAGUCGAUUUUAAGUAAUUUGGAUGUAAAGCUGAGGUUUUAAGAAAACAUACGAAUAUCAUACAAGCGUGGUUGUCAUAAGAAAAAGUUAUGAAAUGGUGAGUAAAAGCCAAAGAGGGAUUAACAGUCCUUCCCCCCUGGCCGGAGAUGUUGGUACGGUCCCGGGCUCAAAUUCCGAGAAUUGAGCUGGUCUGAUUCUUAGAACUGGGCUUCUUAGAAGUGGUGAUGCAAGAAGUUUCUAGGAAAGCGCUACCAGAGGUCGGCAGGAUGGCUUGCUUGGCCGACAGCUGCAUCCAGUUCACGCGUCAUGCCAGCGACGUCCUGCUCAACCUGAACCGCCUCCGAAGCCGGGACAUCCUCACUGACGUGACCAUUCUGGUCAGCAGGCAGCAGUUCCGGGCGCACAAGACCGUCCUCAUGGCUUGCAGCGGGCUGUUUUACACCAUCUUCACCGACUCGCACAAGUGCAACCUCAACGCCAUCAGCCUGGACCCCAAGGUGGAUCCAGAGGGCUUUGCAAUCCUGCUGGACUUCAUGUACACGUCCAGGCUGGCACUCAGGGAGAGUCUGAUCAUGGCCAUCAUGAACACUGCCGUCUACCUGCAGAUGGACCAUGUGGUGGAUACCUGCCACCGUUUCAUCAAGUCCAGUGAUCCAACCGGUAAGCUUCCCAGAGACGAGUUCCUGGUGAGCCCUCUGGUGAUGCCCCAGGACGUCCAUGCGUACCGGCCCCACGACGUGGUGGACGCUUUACACGGCCGCGUAGCUCCCUUUAGGGACGCGCGGCCGACGUAUAGCUCGGGCAUGCUCAACGGCGUCACCACACCUGGCAACUACCAUCUCUACGGGCAGUUCCCUAUGCCGGGGUUCCCCUUCCCUCUCUGCAAGUUAACGGAUGCCAAGAACGCCUUUGGCGACCUGUCAAGGAGCGGGAUCCACCACAAGCACCCGCACGAUGCCGCCGCAGUCAGCAGGGCCGAGUACGCCCGAGCGGUGGGUUCCUCUAGCGUCUUGCAUGCCGCCAACUUCGUCCCCAGGGAAGUGGGGAGGGAGGACGAGGUGAAGAAGGAAAGCCACGAAGGGUUCGGGCUACAGAUAGGCCUCGGUGGGAGGAAGAGGGUCUACCCUGUGUUGACCCUGGACCACCACAAAGACAAAGAGCACGCCCCGCCAGCCGAGGAGGACCUGAUCCAUCACCACUACCCCCUCGGGAUCUCCUCCGCUGGGCGCAAGAGUCUCAUGAGCAGCCCACAGAGCCCCCUCAAAUCAGACUGUCAGCCCAAUUCACCAACAGAGUCCAGCAGCAGCAAGAACGCCGGACUCUCGCAAGCUGCUUCGGGGGCGCAGCAGUCAGCAUCGGGAACACAGGACCCCAAAGCUCGCAACUGGAAGAAGUACAAAUUCAUUGUGCUUAACCAAAGCGCUAGGGAGGACGAGGCCAGCCUGCGGGACACCGGGCUGUGCUCGCCUCAGCGCGUAGGCCUGCAGCCGUACCUCCACCCCGGGGACUCUGAUAACCUGGAGGCGCAAAGCACACGCAAGAGCGUCGAGGAUCAUCCCAUGCCGCAAAGUAGCCGACUCAACAACAUCAUCAGCAGUGCACUAGAUGGAUCCCUGAGGAACGUUGAGGGCCAGCACCCGUCGCGGUACCUGAACCGCCUCAACUGCUCGUCGUGCGGUGCUCAGUCCCCGCAGCACUCGGAAAUCUGCCCUUCGCGGUCGCGGCUGGGCGAGGACAUAACCGAAAUGCACUCUGAGUACUCAGACUCCAGUUGCGAAAACAGCACCUUCUUCUGCAACGAGUGCGACUCCAAGUUUGCCGAGGAGGAAGCGCUGAAGCAGCACUCGCUUCAAGUGCACAGCGACAAGCCCUACAAGUGUGACCGUUGUCAGGCCGCCUUCCGCUACAAGGGCAACCUCGCUAGCCACAAGACCGUCCACACAGGCGAGAAGCCGUAUCGCUGUAACAUCUGUGGUGCUCAGUUCAACCGACCAGCCAACCUCAAGACUCACACUCGCAUCCACUCAGGAGAGAAGCCAUACAAAUGUGAGACGUGCGGUGCUCGCUUCGUACAGGUUGCCCACCUCCGAGCCCACGUAUUAAUCCACACAGGAGAGAAACCGUACCCCUGCGAGAUCUGCGGGACUCGUUUCCGCCACCUGCAGACCCUUAAGAGCCACUUGCGCAUACACACCGGCGAGAAGCCCUAUCACUGUGAGAAAUGCAACCUGCACUUCCGCCACAAGAGUCAGCUUCGUCUACACCUGCGGCAGAAGCACGGUGCCAUCACCAACACCAAAAUCCAGUACCGUGUUUCCACUGACACCAUGCCCACAGACCUCACUAAGGCUUGUUGAAAUGGACAACACCAAGGUGGACAGAUUGAUUCCCUACUCCCCCACGCAGCUCCAGUACAAUCAUCCCAAAAAUGCGAGUGCCACAAUUUUUGUUGGGCUUUCCGAUAGUUUCUUUUGUGAGCGCAAAACAAGUCGUGUUUUAAUUUGGAUCAUUUCCAAAUUUUAGCCGAUGGUAGCAACGGGCUUAAAAAUUGCAUCGAGUUUCAUGCACAAUCGUUCAAGGUACUGUUUUUAGGGGCGGGGGGCGAUUUUCGGAUAUUUUUUUGCGCGCAGGACACAGUUAAGUGUUUUCCGGAUUGUGUUCAAAUUUGCACAUUAUAUUAAGUACUUGAUUUCCACAUGGGCCAAAAAUUGUAUUGCAUCCUUCAAAAGUGAUUAAGUUAUGACAAAUUUCAUUUUCCAAUGUUUUUUUGUACAGCAAAUUAUUUAACCUUUUCAUAUUAAUAACAGUACCUUAAAUCCAUGGCAUCAAAUUUUUUUUUUUUUUUUUUCUCCGUAGGGUUGCACCGAUACUAUUUUCAUAGACUUCACUAUCAGUUGAUGAGACUGCUUCUACAGACAUUGCGCCACGGCUUCCCAUAGGGGGCAGGGUCAGGCACGUACUUCGAAACAUGGUGGGAAAAAAAUGAAUGAAAAAAAAUUUGUGUAACUUUAGCUUGAAAUAUUUACGUAAAAUGAAUGAUAACUGCCCGUUUUUUUGCUUUUAACCAAGAAUCUAGACUGUUUUACGUUGAUAACUAUAGAAAUUCUGGGAUUUACACAUUCAUGUCCAAGAAUUUUCAACUUAAAAAGCUCUGUUUUGUGAUGACCGCCAUGUUGGAUUUUGUAUCCAUACACAAUGGCGUAAAUUUACAUUCAAAUAAUCAGGUCAUUUUCGGCUAACUGCCCGUUUGUAGCUAAAAAAAAAUGUAAUUUAGACAUUUCUACUUCCAUACAAAAAUUAAUUCGGCUUUUACGUGUUUUAUUUCAUGUAACAUUUCAAUCUAAAAAUAACGAGGGCCAGAUAGCCAGCAAGAAGUGCUGAGGCAAUAGUGACAUCGGAAUUCAACCUAAGUGCAAUUUUUGAGAUUAUUCUGCAUGCUUUACUCAAGUAUUAAGUUUCUGAUGUGAAAACUGAGUAAUUUACUAGCUGUUGAAAACAUAUGUGAAAAUUGCACUAAAAAAAAAAAAAAUUAAGUCACCAUUUCAGACAAAAACUUGUAUAUGGCGGAAAACACCCAGGUGACUUGAAGUUCCGCUCGGAGACCCCCAAUUUGGCCAUCUUUCAAAAUCGUCCGAUAUGCAUGUAUGAUACAUAAUUGGAAAGCUUAAAAUCUCAAUUUUCUGGGGGAAGAAAAAUUUUGCACGGGAGGGCAUUUCUUUAAAAAAUUUAAAAAGCAAAACCCUAUCUGGAGGUGAGAGCACGCGAGAGCAGAAUUACAGACGCCAUGACUUUCACGAGAUAUUAUCGCAUACUUACCUUGUUUCGAUCCAAAAACUCCAUAUAGCAUGUAUCACAGAGUGUCAAGCCACAGCCGGAUUUUGGGGGGAUUUUAUGGGUGAAACACGGUCACAUAACAUUGUCGCGAUGCAAAAAUCGAACACAUCAAGGAGUGGUCGAGAUUUUCUUUUUCAUAUAUUUACCUUUUUAAACAUUUAAAAAAAAAAAAAAGUUUGGAUCGAUUAUUUAUCAUCUAACAUAUCGGACAAAAUGUGACAGUACCAAAAAAAAUACAAUUAAGCGAGUUAUGAGGUAGAUAUCCGUGACUUUUUUACAGACGCCAUUUUUUUCAUUGUGACAUAAUUUGUUUAAAAGUUUAAAAUAUGUGAGUGAAUAAUUUUUUAAAGUUGUUUUUUCUUUAAAAACGAAAUAUGAGACCUCAAAUAAUUCUAAGCUAAAAACGACACAUUUUGAAUAAUAAAUAGAAUUAAUUACCUUCGUUUUAUGGCUGGGUUGAAACAAAAGCGGUUGCGCAACGUCUGUAAAUGGGGGUUUCCAGGGUAAAACAGACAAAUUAAAUAGUUUGGGGGCUUAAUGCGCCAUGGAUCUGCUAUGGCAGCAUAUAGACAUAUUGCUCUAUCAAACACAACAGUUGUUUUGGCUUAAAAUACAGCAGUUUCUUUUAAAGAGGAGUGCAAGAGCAGAAACUGCUUCCUCAGUCUUGUCUGUUUUCUGCCGUAUGUCAAAAUUGCACUAAAUAAAAAAACAAUUAAGUCACUAUUUCAGACAAAAACUUAUAUAUGUUAAAUAUUGCUAUUGAUCCUGAAAAUAUAUGCAUUUAUCUCUGCAUUUAGGGAUUGUUGUGCCUCAAGCGUAAAAUCUGAGAACUUUAUAGCCAUUUUAAGUUUUAUAUAAAAAAUAAUUAAUCCUGAUUUUAUUAGAGAACGACUUUGAAUUUUUUGAUGUCGCUGCUCAUGGAGACUCCUGUAAGCCUAAGGGAGGUGCCUCUUUUGGUGUUAGGUCGCUAGUGGCUUUGGUUUUUAAAAAUAUUUGAAUUUUUAAGUUUUUGAAAAUAGGCCCCCUACGGAGCGGCUCUGUUUCUCAUCAACUGAUAGUGAAGUCUAUGCCAUUUUUUUGUUUCCGACACCCGGCUGUGUGAUAUCGGGCAAUGUACUGUACCGAUAUCAUGUUUUUAUUAAAAAAAAAAAAAAAAAAAAACAUAUAUAUAUAUAUAUAUAUAUACAUUUUCUUUCCAUACCACAUACUCAAGUCAAACACUGCUUAACUCAUAGUCUGCCUUUGAAGGUGCCAGAUGUCCAAUCCAUGUAUUUGAAGUAGGUGGGUUGGCAGCGAAUGAAGGAUCCUCCCACUUCAAAUGGAUAGGUCGUCUGCUAGUGAUAAACUAAUUGUUCUGGAGUUGCAUCAUGGCCAAAGGAAAAACAUUUUUUAACCAUUGGCUGCAAUUGACUGCGCUAGACGUCCAAUCCAUUUGUAGUGAGAGGGAUGGCAGUUGUUGGAAUUCGCCCCCCCGGCCAAGCCGCACAAAAACGGCGACAGCCGAACGGAAAUGGUGCUCGCUGCUUACCGCUUCCGUGCGCCAACUGGGAGGGCGGAAACUCCCCGCCUUCACCUCUUUUGUUAACCCUUUGUACUGACUCCAUGUUCCAAAAGUUUGAAGACUCACCGAAAGCAGGUUGACAAUUUAUUCGUCGACAAUGGUCAAAAACAAGGCAAAAACAGACGACGGAGGAACAAUGCUAAAUCCAAAACAAGGCUACAUAGAAAAGUCUCUGAGGAGCAAAAUCUGUGUUUUCUCAAUGUCCAGUGUUUUUUAAGUCCGUGGUGGAGUAGGCCUAUUCCCUUCACAGUGAAUGAACGUUGGUUCGAUCUCUAAAAGUAAAUAUUGCGCAGCAUUGACACGUCAUUUCGGUGCUGUAUCGGUGCAACGCUAAUUUUUUGUAAGUAGCAGCACUCAAAUUUGUUGUUUUUUCUCUUCCAAAUGAGUUUCUUAUGCAAAAAACGACUAAAUUUUAUUUGGAAUUUGUUAAAAUGCUACCCAUUAGUAGAUCUUAACACAAGCCAAAAACUUUCUUGCACUUUGCAAUCCAUUUUUUUUUUUUUUUUUUGUGCGUGGAAGAGGUCACAAUUAAGAUCGUGUUUAAAUUUGAAAUGUUUAGUAGCAGUACUCGAGAUGUCCACCUGGGCCUAAAAUGGUACGAACAGUGGCCGCAUCGAUCCCUAAUCCCUUUGAUGUGUACAAUCAUUCAAGACGCUAGUGCCACACUGUGUUCGGACAAAUCAAAAAGGCGACGUUACGCUAACAAACGGGAAAAAAACGGGUUUCCACUACAUGUGAACGUAGAGUCACUUUAUGGUUUCUAUACGUACAGAUCUAUAUAAUACAUGUCUACGUACGUAUGUGUUUCUCUAAGCUUCGAAAGUACGCAUAUAAAGCUUUAUUUUGUCAAAGGACGGAAUGUAAAAUAAUAAUGAAAAAAAAAAGGCAAUUUUUUAAGGAGAUGAUUAAAAAAAUGAAAAUACAGUAUUUUAUAUCAGAGAACUUACUUUUCUGGAAAAAUUGACUGAUGGGUGGUUGCAUAUAUUUUAAAAAUAACGGGAGUUGUCUUUACAUUUUUAAGCACCGUUGUAAAUGGAGUAAUAAGAAAAAAAUAGAAAACAAGAAAAAAAUUUGUCCAACUGCUUAUGCAUGAGCCACUCAUUCGAGGGGUACGAUUAUAAAUAUUGUGACAUAUUAUUGUGUAUUUAUACAUUGUUCUCUGCGGGCGGAGCCAAUUGUCUUUGAUGUUUAAUUCAAAUUUUGAUGUAUUUGUAUAGGUGUUUUUCUUCUCUUUUGGUUGUUGUUGCAUUUUGUUUUUCAUAAGUGAAGGUUUACAGUUUUUUGGUCAUUGUUAUCGCUCCCGACGUACAGUUGUGUAGUUGUCACUUUGUACAUAUACACUGUGGAUUCAAUGUGCCUUUUCUCCACGGCAACGCAAUUCAGCUGUUAAGGUACACCCACCCCGAGCCCAACCCUGUGUGUGUAUGUGUGUAUGAAUGUGGGUGUAUAUUUUUCAAUGCUUGUCACCAACCUUAAAAACAUGCAAAAUGCAUCACUGUAAAUCUUUUUGGAUUGGGAUUUUUCUAAUGGAACUGAAAAACUAUUGUACGAUGUCCUUUGAUGUAUGAAUGUAAAAUAAAGGUAUUUGCUUUCUAUG